AUGGCUGUCGUCGCUGUAUUCUUCAAGUUGUCUAUGGCAGUUCGUGACCUACACAACCACCUUGUGGAGGAGAAAGGCGUACCAUCAUGGGCAUCGUAUUCCUUGUUUGCUGGCGUCACUCUUGCUCUUGGUUGCAUCCUUGGCUUUUUCAUCGUUUUGAUUAUUGAUCAAGUGUUUCCCACUGGAAAGAAAAACGCCGUUCAACCGAAGAAAGACAGCAAAAAAGAUUCAAACGGUGGAACUAAAAAAGCGGAAGAUACGAAGAAGAAAGAGAACAGCUCGCCGAAACCAGAAACGAAAAAGUCCAAGUAA